AUGGCAAGCGGCCUGAAUCCCACUUCUUCGUCGUCGUCCCAAGGCGACACGCCCACGUACGGUCGUCUUACCGCAGCCGAGCUCAUUGGUUCGUGCCCGGUGCUUGCGGAAGGAGGCACGAUGCUCGAAGACCCUGCGCCGUUCAAGCCGACGGUGCGCCACAUGUGGCCGCUUCUGCCGGGCCUCGCCAUCGUCGGCGCCUUUGCGUACCUCGUGUCGAUCAUCAUCACGGACAACUGCGUCGACUUGACCAUCUCCGAGGUCACGUACCGCGACAAUAACAUCCUUGGCGAGCAAUGCCGGGCCGUCGAGCGCGAGGUGCCGUGGCGCGAGCUCACGCGCAAGCUCCGCCGCUGCAGGCGCCACGAGUACUAUGACCCGCUGCACGACGACUGCCAGCGGUGCCCCGCGACAACGCCCCACGACCGAGUCUUUGCCGUCUUUUGGGAGACCCAGAAGGACUGCGCCCGCCUCGUGGAGGAAGUCAACACCAAGUAUGUGACGCACGUCUACUGGGCGUUUGCGACGCUGAGUAUGACGGGCGAAGUCUCGCAGUCGCUGCAGUUUUGGAACGACGAAGCGAUCAUGAACUGCAUGGCCGAACUGCGCAUGCGCUGCAUCAAGCAGCUCAUCAGUAUCGGCGGCGCCGAGAGCCGCGACUCGUUCUACGCCCUCCGCGAUGAAAAGUCGCUCGAGCUCUUCACUCGCACGUCGCUCUCGGUCGUCAAAAAGUUUGACUUUGACGGCAUCGACAUGGACGACGAGAGCGGGAACCAGCCGCAAGCUAGCUUCAAGUGGAAGGAGACGCAGGCCCCCGUCGUGUACAAGUACCUCUCGGCGCUGCGCAAGGGUAUGGACGCGAUGCAGGCGCCGGACGAGCCGCGCUACUUGCUGACGUGGGAUGAGUUUCCGACGAGCUUGGACGGCCAAGAAGGUGGGUACGUCGGCUGCAGCCUCGUCUCGGACGGUGGUUGGUUUCGCUGCUACGACAAGAAGAUCACGCCGCUCCUCGAUUGGGUCAACAUCAUGUUGUACAACAUCCCGUCCACGGACGGGUACGAGGCGAUGAUGAGUCGCCGCAUUCCGCAAAACUGGGUGCCCGCGAUUGGCGCCGACAAGCUCAUCAUUGGCGCCUGCAGCAGCCUCGGGUGCGUCGAGCCCGUGCCGCCGCCGGGCCAAUCGUACAAGAAUGCAUACAACGGCUCGGCCUUGUACAAAGGCGCUAUGCUAUGGAGUGCAACCAACGACGUCCUGUACGACGGCGGCCACACGAUGAGGACGAUGGGCCAAGCCGGCAACUACGGUGUCCGCAUGCCGUUCCGACCGCUUGACGUCUAG